AUGUGCGGGGCCCUCUCCGAUGUUGCAGAGUUCGACUUUGUUGAUGCCCCAAACAUUAUCACGUCUGACACAGAAGGGGACGCAGUGGUUACGUAUUCGUGGAGCGCGAAGAUGGGGAUUGACGAGGCGAAGUAUGCGGCUGGGGACGCUGUGGUGCGACGUUGUAUGACAUCGAGGGAUAACUCGUAUGACAUUGUCCUUGGAUUUUCCCAAGGCGCGCUGGCGGCAGCUCGUUACGUGAUGCUGCAGCAGCUGCGCAGCGACGAAGCGUAUGGGCCGCCGCUGGGUGGCCUGAUCAUGGCAGCAGCACCGGACGCACGUCGCGCUUUCCCAGAGCUUGCAUCGGCUUACCAAAGGAGUGUGGAGCGUGGCGCUGACGAGUCUGGCUUUUUUGGCACACUUCCCUCGCUUCAUAUCGUAGGGCGUAAAGACGCCAUUGUGGAUCCAAUGGAGAGUACGUCCUUUGCUGAGUUGUGCCAGCCCCACGCUGAGGUUGCCCUUCACGAGCAUGCUCAUAGCAUCCCACAGUUGCAGAGUAUUAUAGGUGCCGUGCGGUCAUUUCUCGAGCGUGUCGCUCGUGCAAAGAGGGAACAAGGACGAGAAGAAGAAGAAGAAGAGGGGGAAGGAGACGGCGCUGCACUUGCUGCAGCUCGAGAGGAGGAACUGGAGAUGAUCUCCUCCAUGUAUGACGAAGGGUAUGUGCAACGUGGGCCGACCCCGGUGGUGUUGCUGCCUCUUCUGCUGGACUGCUCGGCGGAGGAUGCACUGGACGGCCCGCUUUCUGUGUUGCGACUGCGCUUGACACUGCCGAGACGGUAUCCGGCAGAACUGCCGAAAGUGGACGUGCUGGGGGGUCCUACCAGCCGUCACGUACGUUUCGAGCGUUGGAAAGCAGAGCUGCUCAUCAAGAUAAUGACAUACCUGCAGGAGGAUUUGGGCGUCGGCAACGCCAUGCUGCUCCCCACCAUGAUGUUCGCCAGUGAGCAAGCAUCAUGCGACUUGGAGUUUCUGCGGUCUGUUUUUCACGACGAGGCCCACACAUACACUGGUGGGAACAACAACAAUGAUGACUACGAUCAGGAGGCACAACAACAACAACAAACGGCGUGGUGGGAUGCAGAGGAGACCGAGAGUGAGCGAAGGGCGUACAUUGUAGAAGCUGAACGGUGUGCGCAAGGUUUACUCGCUGAGAAACUCCCUCUGCAGACACCGAGUGGGGAUCAUUCAGCUGAGGGCGAUGGCAGCGGUAACCUCUCGGCACGGGGUGGGACGUUGGAGCUCACCAUUGGCCUCAUCGGCAAGCCCUCAGCGGGGAAGAGCACCUUCUUCAACGCUGUGACCGAUCCAGAAAGCGAGAGCAAAGCUGCAAAGGUUGCCGCUUUCCCGUUCACGACAAUUGAGCCCAACGUGGGUGCCGGCUUCGGUGCCGUGUUCUGUCCGUGCUGUAUUGAACCACCGCUCUUAUCGUCGAGCUGUGACGCGACGUACGGCCAUGUGUCAAUAAACGGGACGCCACAGCGGCGGCACCCGGUAAUAGUCAAGGACGUCGCUGGCCUCGUGCAGGGCGCUUACAUGGGAAAGGGCAAAGGUAACCAGUUUCUCAACGACCUCUGCGACGCGAAUGUCCUCGUGCACGUCGUCGAUGGCGCGGGCGCAACGGAUGCGGAGGGCUCGGCGUGUGCGCCGGGAACGGGCUCCACCUGCGACGACAUUACUUGGGUACGGGCAGAGGUGCACAGCUGGAUCUAUGACAACCUCCGCAGCAAGUGGGACAGCAUCUGCAGAAAGCCGGCAAAGCUGCGGGUCAUGUUCACCGGCUACCGUAGCCCGCCUUCAUUUGUGGACGGGGUGCUGCGACGCGUGGGGAUUACGAACGACACGGAGCUGACCUAUAGGGUGCCCGCCUGGGGGGCAACAGAGCUGCACUUGCUUGUCGGGCUGUAUGUGCGUAUGCGCUUCCCCAUCGUUGUUGCGCUCAACAAGGCGGACAUGCGGCCUGCGGCUGGGGAGAUCUUAUCGGAGCUUCAGCGACGCUACCCUCAUGAGAUAUUUGUACCAAUGUCUGCGAAGAUGGAGUGUAAUCUGCUACAACUGCGUCAUAAGGGCUUCGUGCGCUACAUUUCUGGAGAUUGCUCAUUCGAAACGGUUGAAAUCAAUAGCAAUAAUGCUAGCUGCAAUGGGACAGCACUGGGGCCAGCAGAAUCAAAAGCGCUGGCUGAGCUGCGCCAGUUCUUUGGCAAUGCUCCAGCCGACAGCAACACCCCAAGGACAACUGGUGUGCAGGAAGUGCUAGCGGCUGCCCUUUCCCACUGCCCUGCUUUUCUUGUGUUCCCUGUCGCCACACUGAAGCUGCCACUGCCAUCACUAAAGGAGUGUUUUGUGUUUAAGCUUGGUACCACCGCCGGGGAGGUGUUCGCGUCACUGUUGCACGCGGAGUUGCUGGACGGGAAGCUGGUGCGCUUCGAGGCGGUUGCUGCUGAGAGGCUACGCACGGGCCACGAGGCAACACCAUUGAAAAAGGACGCCACACUUCCGGGGCGGAAUGUUGUGGUGCGAGUCCUCACUAACAAGCGACAGAUGGCUUUUUGA